AUGGGUAAGAUAAUUAAGAUGAAUAACAAUCGACGGCUGAGGACUCCUAAUUGGUCGUUCGAUGAAAAACAGUUCCUUCUCGAAUUAAUUAAGCAGCGCAAGGAUGUGGUCGUUACUAAAUCUAACAACGGUCCAAAUCAUUACGAAGAGAAAGAUAUUGCAUGGAAUGAGAUUUUAAAUGAGUUGUCGACAAGAUUUGGCGAGAAGUUUAGUGGUAGUUCAACAAAAAAAGUGAAAACGCAAUGGCAAAACAUGAAAAGAAUAGCCCGUGAAGAAAUAGCGCUUAAUGGCCCAAUGCUACAAAAUUACUCACGACUGUCUCUUGAAGUGUGUAAUAUUAUUGAACUAAUUAAAGACGGUGUGCUUAGAAGUGAAAAUGAAAAUUUAAAUGAAACAUCAAUGACAACAAAUAUUGAAAUAAAAUCUGAGUAUGUAGAAGAUGAUGUUAACCAACCAAGUUGCAGUGGUGUCAAUGUUAGUUCUGCCUCUAUGGAUGUUGAUAAUUUGCAAAACAAAACUAACAGUACUAACCUGAGCUCAAAUCAGUUGGAGUCUUCUACAUCAUCAGCCUCUGAACAAGUUUCUGAUGGAAAUGACUAUGAUAUCCCACAUGAAGAUAAUUCAAUUGAUAAAUGUAUUGCUAAAAGAAAUGCUUCAGUAAUGACUGAUAGAUGUAUGGAUGAAACUAGCAAUAUUCCUAAUCUCCUCCAAAGGGACUUGCAAAAUUAUUUUCAGUACAGUGCUGAAGAAAAGCAGCUGAAGAUGGAUUCUUUAAAAGAAGAACGGCAGAUUAUUAGAGCAAUGAGAGAAACAGCUGAAUUAAACAAAAUAAUAGCCGAGCAAAGACUCAAGCAUGUCCUUUGGGUAAAGAAACAAGAGAUGUUGUAUGUAUAUUUCUAUAUUUUUAACUUGAUUUAA